UUUCUAUAAUGCCAUGGCCCCUUUGUUUUCUUCCUGCUCUCUUCCAGUUCCAGUUGUCCGUAUGCUCUUUGCCUGAGCUCAGAUAAUCUCUCCUUCCUCUCGCUUCUCUGCAGUGUUGGAUCGCCUCUAUUAGAUUGUGUUCUGGGUGGAGCUUUCGCUGUUAGUGUGUAUAUAAAUUGAAUUUGGAGGCAGACCAUUUGCCCCAUGGAUAGUUCCUCGAGAAAACGCGGUAGGCCAAUGGGUGGAGCUUUCGCUGUUAGUGUGUAUAUAAAUUGAAUUUGGAGGCAGACCAUUUGCCCCAUGGAUAGUUCCUCGAGAAAACGCGGUAGGCCAAAGCUUUGCGUGACCAAGGAGGUUCUAGAGGAGCGUAGGGCGCAAAAACGCUUGCAGAAUGCCGCGCGUCGUGGCCAGGGUGAGCAACCAGGACAUCUCAGGCUGCAAUUCCUCAAGGGUGAGCAACCAGGACAUCUCAGGCUGCAAUUCCUCAAGGGUGAGCAACCAGGACAUCUCAGGCUGCAAUUCCUCAAGGGUCAGCAACCAGGACAUCUCAGGCUGCAAUUCCUCAAGGGUCAGCAACCAUGACAUCUCAGGCUGCAAUUCCUCAAGGAACGAUACAAGAAAUUGGCUACCUGGUUCUACGACGGACAUGCGAGGCGACAAUAGUGGCGGUGAUGGAAGGCGAGGGAUGGUACUACAAUUGUUGCCCACGAUGCGCCCGCAAAGUACAGACUACUGAGGGGAAGUAUUACUGCACAUUCUGCUCUAAGGAGGCCGGAGACUUCAAGCCACGGUUCAGACUUACCGUCCGAGUGGAAGUUUCAACAGCCCAAACAACUUUCACCCUCUUCAAUAAGGAGGCGGAACAGAUCGUCGGCAUACCAGUGGACAAAAUUAUCGACGAGCUUCCAGAGGGCACUAACAUUGCAGAAAUACCCCUGGUCAUUGGAAACAUAAUUGGAAAGCGUUGCGUGUUCGAUGUCAAGAUUAAUGAAUAUAACACUGUCCGCGGUUACGAAGAUUACACGGUGUUUCGCCUUAAACUAAGCCACCAGACGGAACAGGCCUCCACCAGCAACAAAGACAACACAGACAGCUCAAAGAAACAGAGGGUCAACUGAGGAGGUCCAGGAACAGGCAAAAUCAAACACUACAAACCACGAUAGCAUCGUCAGCUUAGUUAUAUUGCACAUUCCUUAGCAGCAUUACACUAUGCACUAGAUCAUCUACUACACAUGCAUCAGAACUUUAAACACAUGCACAUAUUUCUCUUGCUUCAGCAUUUUAAGCCUUCACCAAUAGCAUUACUUAAGGAUAUGUCCUUUUACUGUUUAUAAUAUAUGGCAGCAAUACUUCAUGUCAUUAUUAUCGAUGAUUCCGCUAAAUUAGAUUCUCCCAAGUCAUUUAUUAUAAUAGAAGACAAGCAUUUUGAGGAGCUUA